ACGAGGUGUGCAGCCGGCAAGUUCGCCUUCAGCAGCCAGCCGGGCAGGCGCGGCCGACCGACCGACCGCCCGCCCGCCCGACCGCCCGCCCGCGUGGGAGAGCGGCCUGCUUGGACGGCGACCUGUGUCGACGGCGGGGCGCGUUCGCCCGCCCGCCCCGGACAGAGCUGCCGCGCGGCAGUUGGAUGCGGGUUCGGCGCCCAGUACCAUGGCGGCUGCGUCUGCGCUUCUCGUUUUAGCGAGCCAACGGACCUCGAGUAAAGGGACGGCGCUCCCUGUUGUAUAGCAAUAAUUUUCCGGCUCCCACCGCAGUAGUAUUUAAUUUUUGUAAGAUUAUUUAUUGUAGUAUUUUCAUACCUCAUUUUUGUUUACAUAUCGAAGUAGAAAGUAAUUAAUUCGGAACCACCCAGACUAGUAUCAUGGAUUCAGCAACACCUCUGACGGACCUUAUAACCAGCACAGUAGCAAGUGAGGCCUCUGGCCCCUUGGUGGGUUUCCUCUGGAUGCUGAUAUUAGGCUUCAUCAUUGCCUUUGUUUUGGCGUUCUCGGUGGGUGCUAAUGACGUAGCUAACUCGUUUGGUACUGCAGUGGGUUCUGGAGUAGUCACUCUCCGGCAAGCUUGCAUCUUGGCGUCUGUCUUUGAGACUGUCGGCUCUGUUCUUCUGGGGGCCAAAGUGAGUGAGACCAUUCGGAAGGGGCUGAUUGAUGUUGAAAUGUACAACUCUACCCAAGAGCUGCUCAUGGCUGGCUCCAUCAGUGCCAUGUUUGGUUCAGCUGUGUGGCAACUCGCGGCUUCUUUUCUGAAACUUCCAAUUUCUGGUACACAUUGUAUUGUUGGGGCAACAAUUGGCUUCUCUCUGGUUGCCAAAGGACAGAAAGGAGUAAAAUGGUCAGAGCUGCUUAAAGUUGUGUUGUCCUGGUUCAUCUCUCCUCUUCUUUCUGGCAUCAUGUCUGCUGUUCUGUUCUUUCUCGUUCGUAUGUUCAUUCUUUCCAAGGAAGAUCCUGUUCCAAAUGGAUUACGUGCAUUGCCCAUCUUUUACGCCUGCACGAUUGGGAUCAACUUAUUCUCUAUCAUGUAUAGCGGUGCUCCUUUGCUGGGCUUUGACAAACUUCCCGUCUGGGGCAUUGUCCUCAUUUCGCUGGGGAGUGCUGUUGUCUGUGCUCUCAUCGUCUGGUUCUUUGUCUGUCCGAGAAUGAAAAAGAAAAUUGAGCAAGAGAUCAAGCCCAGUCCUUCUGAGAGUCCCUUAAUGAAGAAAAAGACAAGCCUGAAAGAGCAGGAGGAAAGCAAGGCAGCCUCGGAAGAUGACCAAAGCCCGGCAGCCGAGGGGUCUUCCGUGCCUCACCGAGCUGCCGAGGAAAGGAUGGUCUCUUUCAACUUGGGAGACUUGGAGGAGAUUCCAGAGCGCGAGAGGCUCCCCAGGGUUGAGAUGAAGGAAACCAGUAUUGAUAGUGGAGCCAUGCAGCUUCCUAAUGGGAGUCUGGUGCAGUUCAACCACGCAGUCAGCAAUCAGAUGGGCUCCAGUGGGCAUUACCACACCGUGCACAAGGACUCUGGCCUUUACAAGGAACUUCUGCAUAAGCUUCACCUUGCCAAAGUCGGCGACUGCAUGGGAGACUCCGGCGAUAAGCCCCUGCGGCGUAACAACAGUUACACCUCAUAUACCAUGGCCAUCUGUGGCAUGCCUUUGGAUUCGUUCCGUACUAAAGAGACUGAGCCAAAGCCGGGGGAUGAGACGGAGAAGCUGACAUGGCCAGGGGCAGAUUCCAAAAAGAGGAUCCGAAUGGACAGCUACACCAGCUAUUGCAAUGCCGUGGCUGAUGCGCACCCAGCUGAUGUGGAUUUACAGAAGGCUGAGAUGGGUGUUGGCAGCCGGAAAGGCAGCAGCAGCUCUCUGGAUGAAUGGCAUGACCAGGACAAGCCAGAAGUGUCCCUCCUUUUCCAGUUCCUGCAGAUCCUGACAGCCUGUUUUGGAUCCUUUGCUCAUGGAGGAAAUGAUGUGAGCAACGCUAUCGGUCCUCUGGUUGCCCUGUAUUUGGUCUACCAAACGGGUGAUGUGUCUUCAAAAGUUGCAACUCCAAUUUGGCUCCUGCUGUAUGGUGGCGUUGGGAUCUGCACUGGCCUGUGGAUCUGGGGGAGGAGAGUCAUUCAGACCAUGGGGAAGGAUCUGACACCCAUCACGCCAUCUAGCGGCUUCAGCAUUGAACUGGCCUCUGCUCUGACUGUGGUCAUUGCCUCUAAUGUUGGCUUACCUAUCAGCACAACUCACUGUAAAGUGGGAUCGGUGGUCUCUGUGGGCUGGCUGCGCUCCAAGAAAGCUGUAGACUGGCGCCUGUUCCGCAACAUCUUCAUGGCCUGGUUUGUCACAGUCCCUAUUUCUGGCCUCAUCAGUGCUGCCAUCAUGGCACUGCUCAAGUAUCCCAUUCUAGGAGCAUGAAGCAGGCUUGCCAAAAUCCCCAUGGCUUCCCUGCACCAGCGCCUGUCUGCAUAUCCUUGCCAAAUGCCUGAAACAGUGUUAGAGUGACUCCAGGAAGAGGCAAGAAGAGGCAGGGUGUCUCCUUUGCUGUACCUGCUUUCCUGCAUAAUCUCUUUUCUUGGAACUAGAGAAGUCCCACUUCUCCAAGGCUGUGAAUUAUUGUGUCUACAUUUCUAUACGGUUUUUGUAUUGAGCUUUAACUUCAUAAUGUUGUCAUGAUGUAUCAUUUGUGUUCUCUGAGCAGAAACUUAAACCUGGCAAGCACAAGGAAGAGGGAGUGUCCUAGCUGAAAUAAGUGUUGGGGGGGCACUUUUAUAAAUAAAAUCUUUCUAAACAAAGAA